AUGUUGAUAAAGAACUCUGAGCCUCAAAAGGAGCGGGCCGUUCCUCUAGUGGCAUAUCUAGGCCCUGCUUUCUCGUUCACACACCAGGCUGCAAUUGCAUGUUUCAAUCAAAACCAUUACAAUCUUGUACCAGCAUCAAGUAUCUCAGGUAAACUUCUAGGCUCAAAACUCAUACAGUCUCUGACCAAAAGGGAGGUUAUAGAUGUAUUUGAGGUUGUUUAUUUAGAAGACGUUUCAUUAGGUGUAGUGCCGAUAGAAAAUUCUACAAAUGGAGCCGUAAAUAUCACCUUCGACUUAAUGGCAGACCGAGAGGAAAAAUUUCCAGAUGUCAAGAUUUGCGAUGAAGCUUACCUCAGAGUGAGCCAUUGCCUUUUGGGACGAAAGCUUGCUCACCAGCCUACUGACUCUCCUCUCGCAUCUGGCAUGAGCACUCCUACCAGGUCAAUCCCGUUACCGCAUCUACCUAGAACAACCCCUAUUAGCAGUCUCAAACAUAUUAAGCGUAUUUUUAGCCAUCCACAGGCAUGGGGACAGUGUGAAGUUUUUCUGGCGGCUUUUCUCAAAAAUAUAGAACGUAUCAAUGUAGAUUCAACCAGCCGCGCCGCAGAACUAGCGAGAGCAGAUGUUACUGGUACAAGUGCUGCCAUUUCGAGUGGGCUUGUAGCAGAAAUCCAAGGCCUUGAUAUUCUUGCCGAAGGAAUUGAAGAUCGAGAUGACAAUACAACGCGAUUUGUGGUAUUGUGUAAAGGAGUCGAUAUGGAAGCGGGUAGUUCCAUUAAAACUAAGUCUAUAAUUUCCUUAAUAAUUGACGACGAGGUACCCGGUGCUCUUGCAUCUACCUUGCAGUGUUUUGCUAUAAAUUCGGUCAACCUGACUAAUAUUAUUAGCCUACCAACAAUGGAGAUACCAUUUCAGUAUAUCUUCUUUCUCGAAUUUGAGGGAAGUAUACAUAAUGAUCCGGAUGAUAGGGUGAGAAUGGCGCUAGAUAAUCUCAAAGAAUUUGUGCAGAGUUGGAAAUGGCUAGGUAGUUGGAAUGACCGCAUCGCAAUGUUGCAGAGCCAGCAGUGA